CACCAACCCAACCGCCCUUCACCAUGCGCUUUGCCAGUGUCCUCCCAGCUACGCUCGCCUUAUUCCUCGCCGCCAACGGUGCGCUGGCUGCCCCUGGCGAGGAGGGUAGAACCCCCGGCGAGCAGGUUGCUGCUGCGGUUGAGCUAGUGGCGGCCAGAUCCGAGGCAGGCGCGGAACCGCUCGAGAAGCGCCAGUGCAAUGCCAACGGAUGCAGGUGCGACAGCCGCGGCCGCCAGUUCCGGUCCUGCGGCAACUGCGUCUGGACAGACACGGGAUCGUGGGUCAUCACGGCCAAGCGCGACCUGACGCACGUCUACGAGUGCGCCCCUGACGGCGGCUGCUGUGACUAUGGGUUUGCCAACGACUGUGGUGGGACGGAUGCUAGAUGCUACUUGCAGUGAGCAAACAUGGGAGAUUCUUGGGGGGUGAUGGGGUUCUGUCUUUUUCGACCCUUGCAACAUGGGAACAUGAGACCGGACUGGAUGGCUGGUACAAUCUGCGGAAGGCGAUGUACAACAUGGAAGGGGAUGUCGGGUGUCACUCAUUGUUUAUUAGUCCACGUACAAUCUCUUAUGGGCUGUGUAGGAUGUACUACAUACCAGGGAAGGGGAAUCUCUACCAUCACUGACAGCAUUACAAGUCACCCUGACAUUUCCUGACAUUUAAGUCUGGUACAGGCGAACCGAAGGCAGCAGUAAUGACAGACAUUAUAUUAACAUCAUGGCCCACGGCGCGGGGGGGUGCCUAGCCGCGCUCAUCAUGCUCU